AUGUCGAUAUACAAACUUCAUUAUUUUAAUUUUCGUGGUCGUGGUGAAUUAGCUCGUUUAGUAUUUGCUGCUGCUGGUCAAACAUUUGAAGAUAUUCGUUAUGAACGUAAUGAAUGGCCAUCAAACAAAUCUAAAAUGCCAUUAGGUCAAAUGCCUGUUUUGGAAUUUAAUGGUACUCAACUACCACAAUCAAUAACUGUUGCUCGUUUUCUUGCUAAACAAUUUCAAUUAGCUGGGAAAGAUAAUCUGGAACAAGCUAAAGUUGACGCUGUUGUUGAUACAAUUGCUGAUUUAAUAGUAAAAUAUUCUCCAGCUCGUUGGGAACCAGAUGAAACAAAAAAAAAAGAACUUUUGAAAAAAUUUUUUGCCGAAGAUUUAGAUAAACAUUUACAAGAUUUAGAUGUUUUACGUAAAUUAUAUGGUGAUGGUGGACCUUUUUUCGUUGGUAAUCAUUUAACAUUAGCAGAUUUAUAUUUCUACAAUACAGGACAAAAUCUUCUUCAAAUGGAUGAAAAUUCUUUAAAUAAUUAUCCAUGGUUAAAACAAAAUCGUGAAGAAGUUGAAAAACAACCAAAAAUUGCAGAAUAUAUCAAAAAUCGACCAGAUAUGCCAUAUUAA